AUACAAACAAACUCGUAGCACUGAAAAAUAAGAAGGAUCGGUGCUUUCUCCUGGGAAGGGGUGCAGCAAAACAGAAAAUUUCAGGAGCUGGAAAUCCAUGUUCACUCGCACCAGAAAGCACCAUGUUGCCGACCACCUCGCCGAGCAGCAACGGCGCCCUUGGUUCCCGGGAUGCUGCACGCCACACAGCGGGUGCUAAACGCUACAAGUACCUGCGAAGGCUGCUCCAUUUCAGACAGAUGGACUUUGAAUUUGCCCUUUGGCAGAUGCUUUACUUGUUCACAUCACCACAGAGAGUUUAUCGCAACUUUCACUACAGGAAACAGACUAAGGACCAGUGGGCCCGGGAUGACCCAGCUUUCCUGGUCCUGCUCAGUAUCUGGCUUUGUGUUUCAACAAUAGGCUUUGGUCUGGUGCUGGAUAUGGGUGUCCUGGAGACUCUGAAGCUGCUGCUGUGGGUGGUCUUUGUUGACUGCAUAGGAGUCGGUCUGCUGAUUUCGACACUCAUGUGGGUGAUUAGCAACAAGUACCUGCUCAAACAUCCCAGUAGAAAUUUUGACGUGGAGUGGGGUUACGCCUUUGACGUUCACCUCAACGCUUUCUACCCCCUUUUAGUCAUCCUGCAUUUCCUGCAGCUUUUCUUCAUCAACCAUGUGGUGGUAAUAAACUCAGACUGGUUCGUGGGAUACUUUGUAGGGAACACUCUGUGGCUGAUAGCCAUUGGUUAUUAUAUUUACGUCACCUUCUUGGGCUACAAUGCUCUGCCUUUCCUGAAGAACACAGUGGUGCUGCUCUACCCCUUCGCUCUGCUCGGCCUCAUCUACAUCCUCUCCAUCUCUUUGGGCUGGAACUUCACUCGUGGGCUCUGCUGGUUUUACAAAUACAGAGUCCAGUAGAGCCCGUUUGGACUCCAACUGACUCGAAAUGUAUCUUCAAAUGACUCUUAAAUGACAACAAAUGUGUUUCCAGCUGCUGUCAGUCAACAUGAGGAGAGAUGUCCGGUUGACUGGCAUUAACUGGGUAAACUGGGACUGGGCCGAGUCAUCUCUCCACCGACCCUGGGCUUUAAACUCAGUGAAGUGUGUGGAUUAGCUGCAGAACUACGGGGACAAAUGAGACGCAGCUUUUACUGAUGUUCUUUUGUAUGAUUUGUAAAUAGGAUCCCAGCAGGUUGUAAUAUAUGAACUAAGUUGUUGCUGAAGAGCAAAAGUUUGCUUUGUUUCAUUAAGUUUUCUUAAAAAGACUGAAAAAAAAUCCUGUUUAUUGAAAAGAAAAAAGGGAAAUGGAAAGCAGAUCUUUUUUCCUUUUUUUUUUUGUAAAGUGUACAUUCCAGAGCACUUUCAAUAAAAAGGUUUUAGUUACUAAAA